CUGUUGUUGGCUGUGUGAAACUAAAUGGAACUAGUAUCAAGUGACAUUAAGGAACUUCUCAUCUUCGUUCAAUGUACUGUCAACGUUUAUUAAGUUUCAGAAGGAAUACCACUCUAGUAAUCUUCUCACCAGAGUUUGAUGAAUGCUGUGUGCGGUACUCACUGAUUUUUUUCAUGCAUGGAGCUGAACUGCUCCGAAACUACCCGUGGUGUGGCUAUUGUCUUAUGUUCACCGGUAGAGUGGAAAUUGUUAAAAAAUGCAGCUCAUUGAGACGUGAAAAGUACUCUUGCGCAUGCUCAGACGCCAUUUUGACGGUGAAAAUUUGAUGGUUGUAGCCGCCGCCAGUGAAGUAUGGGUAGAGGAGAUUUGGAAUAAGGAAUACAGUGUUUAUUGGAUGCAACUAGAGGCCAACAGUGUGUGCACCCUCCAGUGCAGGGAGUUGGGUAACUUUGGGUGCUCAACUGUGGCGAGGUUGCGUCUUAUUGGGCUACUAUGCCAUCAGUACCAAGGUGAACCGCCGGGCAGCUUGAAAGAUCCAGAGAUAGCAGAGCUUUUUGAUAAAGAUGAUCCAGACAAGAUAUUUGAAGACCUACGGGAGAUUGGCCAUGGCAGCUUCGGUGCUGUGUAUUACGCACGAUGUCUGCUUACCAAGGAAAUUGUUGCCAUCAAAAAGAUGACAUAUGUGGGCAAACAGAGCCUAGAAAAAUGGCAAGACAUAUUGAAAGAAAUUCGUUUCUUACGUCAGUUAAAUCAUCCCAAUACCAUUCAGUACAAAGGUUGCUACUUAAGAGAUCACACAGCAUGGCUGGUCAUGGAAUAUUGCCUUGGCUCUGCCUCUGAUAUAUUAGAAGUACACAAAAGACCUCUCAAAGAAGAAGAAAUAGCUGCUAUUUGUGAAGGUGUUCUACGUGGACUGCAUUAUUUGCAUUCACUUGGUCGGAUACAUAGGGAUGUGAAAGCUGGCAAUAUUCUUCUGACAGAAAAUGGAACUGUCAAACUUGCUGAUUUUGGAUCUGCCAGUAUUAAAUGUCCAGCCAACAGUUUUGUUGGCACCCCAUACUGGAUGGCACCAGAAGUUAUAUUGGCUAUGGAUGAAGGCCAGUAUGAUGGGAAAGUGGAUGUUUGGUCUUUGGGCAUUACCUGCAUUGAACUUGCGGAACGAAAACCACCAUAUUUCAACAUGAAUGCCAUGAGUGCACUGUACCAUAUUGCUCAGAAUGACACUCCUGUUCUUGGCUCCUCGGACUGGAGUGAUGUAUUCCGUCAUUUUGUUGAAGCAUGUUUACAGAAGAACCCUAAUGAACGCCCUACUUCAGGAAAAUUGCUUUCACAUCAACUGGUGGUUCGUCCUAGGUCACCACAUGUGCUUAUUGAUUUAAUACAACGCACAAAGGCAGCAGUGCGUGAACUAGACAAUUUAAAUUACCGCAAAAUGAAGAAGAUUCUAAUGAUCGAUGCAUUUGAAAAUGAAAGUACUGCAGGAGAUGCUGAUGAUACACCUGAUGAGCACACAGGAGACAGCAGCAAGAGCAACAGCAUCACAUCGGAACACUCAAUCCAUUCAAUGGGUGUGAGUGCCUCAUCGCAGUCGAGCUCUACAAACAGCCUUCCCCCACCGCCAGAUGGCAACGAUGGUGCGCCCGGCCACAACGGCCCUCCUUCGCCAAGCAAUUCCACCAGUUGUGCUGGUGCAGGUGGUGACCACAGUACUCCAAACAACUUUGCUACCAUCCGCACCACUUCCAUUGUCACGAAACAGCACAAGGAGCACAUGCAAGAGGAAAUGCAUGAGCAAAUGACUGGCUACAAGCGGAUGCGCAGGGAGCACCAGGCUGCCUUACUCAAGUUGGAAGAGCGGUGUAAAGUGGAAAUGGACAGUCACAAACAAGUUCUUGAUAAGGAGUACGAAGGACUCUUGCAAACUUUCUCCAAAGAACUUGAAAGAUUGCAAGCUCGCCACCAGCAAGAGUUGGAUCGUCGACUAAAGCAGCAUGCUGCUGCUGAGAAGAAGCUCCACAAGGAGAUAGCAGCACGGCAUGAUGCUGAUCGUAAGGCUUUUGAAGCUCACAAGAAGAAGGAAUACAAGGCCAGCAAGGAACGAUGGAAGCGGGAACUCAGCUUAGAUGAAAGCACCCCGAAACGGCAACGAGAUGCAACUCUACAAAGCCAGAAAGACAAUAUGAAAUUAAUGGAAGCACAAGAAGAACAACGGUUGAUUCGUGGUCAAAAAGAAUAUUUGGACCUUGAAAUUAGAAAGUUUCGAAGGAAAAAAAUGCUGGUGUAUCAUAAUCUUGAACAGGAAUUGCUUCGAGAAGAAUUGAACAAGCGGCAACAGCAGCUGGAGCAGGCCCAUGCAAUGCUUCUCCGCCAUCAUGAGAAGACUCAAGAGCUUGAGUACCGACAGCAGAAAGCUGUGCAUCAGUUACGCGAAGAACAAGUGCAGCGCCAGCACUCAACAGAGUUGGCUAACCAGCAGGACUACAUGGAACGUGCUGAGCGCGAGUUGAGAAAGAAGCAUGCCCUGGAGCUCAAGCAGCAGCCCAAGUCGUUGAAGCAAAAGGAGAUGCAAAUCCGGAAACAAUUCCGAGAAACCUGUAAGAUCCAAACAAGGCAAUACAAGGCCUUAAAGGCACAGAUCCUUCAGACGACAGCCAAAGAUGAACAGAAAGUAGUCAUCAAGAAGCUGAAGGAAGAGCAAAGGCGCAAGUUGGCUCUUUUAGGUGACCAGUAUGAGCAGAGCAUUGCAGAGAUGUUGCAGAAGCAGUCGAUCCGUCUGGAUGAAUCGCAAGAAGUAGAGUGCCAUCAUUUGAAGGAGCGUCUGCGAUAUGAAUUAGAAAUUCUUAUGGCCUACCAGUCAAAGAACAAAAUGCAGGCAGAGGCACAGCGCAAUCGUGAGCGCAAGGAACUGGAGGACAGAGUAUCUGUUCGGCGAGCCCUUCUUGAAAACAAGAUGGAGUUGGAAACGCAGCAGUUUCUACAGGAGCGCUCAGAACGUGUGCGCUUGCUGAAAGAACGCCAGGAACGUGAAUUAGAGCAAUUUGAUGAAGAGAGUGCUCGUCUUGGCUUCAGUGCUCUAGCCAUUGCGGAAGCAACAAAGGAGUCUUACCCUGAUGAGGAGAGUCUUUCAGGCUCCAUGCUAAGCCUGGCCCACAGCAACAGCUCCACAUCUUUCCCGCCAGGCAGUCUCUAGCAGAUGCUGCCUACAGUUAUGCUGUUACCUCCUGCGUCAUCGCAAGCAUCAAAGUAAAACGCCACAAUUGUGUGGUUGUCUGCCACCACUAAUCCACCACCUCUAACCUUUUGAGGUCUUCACUCUUUCCUUUGCGUGCAUAAAGCGAACUGAGCAGUGUGUCGCUCUUUAUGAACUGCCCGGUGCUUCAGAAGUGAUUUAUUCUCUGCCAUGGCUUUGUCAGGUUAUCAGAAAAUAGUAAACUGCUGCAUUGUACAAGCCCCUUUUGCGUUCUACAGCUGGAUAUUCUGUCCUCCACUGUAAAUGAGUCUCUGGACAUCUCUAAUCAGUGUGUGUGUAUAUGACUAGAAGCCAGAGUCUUUGACAUAAAGCAUCCAAUGGCAACAUGGCCGUGAAACUGUCAUGUUGAUGUCUAAUGUUACCUAUGCUUGCAUUCUUUGAAACCUCUGUGUACUGAGGGACAUUACGAAGAGCUAGCAAAGCAAUCAUAUGCUCAAUCUUUAGGCCCCGCAGACAGCUCAAGCAUUCUGAAGCCAGCCCCUUCUUUGCCAGCGAUUUAUGCUCUAUUAAUGGGUCUUCAGUAGGAUCCAUAGUCUAAAACAUAUUCUGAAGUGACUGCAUUGCCCUAUUUGUUUGUGUUUGCUGAAUUAGUGAUGUCAGAUUCAGUUCUGUAUAUUUUGCCAGUAUAGAGGUCCAAAUGCCCUCAUUCUUUUUAAUGCGAGUUUGCGAACCUAAAGUUCCCUUCUCUUUCACUUUGAUACAUUUAAGUGUUCUAUCCAUGCCCCCUUCUUCCAGCUUGCAUUCGGCUGAAAAUUAUUAAGAUAUUAUAUUAAAUACUUUACGCAAUUAUUCACUCGUCAUCGUUUUAAUGCUUAAUGUUUAUGUAGGUUGCAGUUGGGUAAUGUAAAUGUUGUAAUCUUGAUCACAAGAUAACUGACGGUUUUGAAGUAAUUCAGUAAAGUGCUUGUGCUCCAUAAUUUUUAUAUACUCUUGUUCCUCACCUGUACAGUUAUUUUCCAGCUUGAAACACUGCCCAACAUGUAGACUAGUGGUAUUUUUAAUGACAAUAACAUUGCCAAUGUUUGCAAUUUUUGCCCACAUCCAUAGCUUACAAGUAUGGAAGUUUAUUUACUUUUAUGAAAGUACUAUAUAAUUAAAGCAGUAUUUCAGUUUGAAGGGAACAAAUAAAGCUGGAGGAAUGGGGAAAGGUUGUUCGUGUGUCUAGUGCUGAUACAUUCUUAACCAUCCUUGUCAUGGUCCCAACCAACUUGGCAUUUCAGCAUGUGGUUGUUCAUUUGUUACUGAUGCAUGAAGACAUACAACUUUACGUUUUAACAGUUUUAUAUUUUAUUAUUGUAGUAAAUAAUCAAGCUUGCUAGAUUCAAACAUUCUUCGCUGUCAAUCAAGACUAUUGAACAAGUUAUUUAUAUUUCUUUCUCCUUUUUUUUCUUCUUCUCGUGUCCUUAUGAAUAAUGGGCAAGUGUGUUUCCAUAUUGAGAUGCUAUAGGAAAGAGUUGGGAAGCACUUAGAAAUAUUAAGAAAAAUAAAACUUUUACUCUUUGCCCAAUCUUAUUCUCCAGUGAAAAGGGAAGUAACGCUUUAUAAUAUAAUGGGAAAAUCUUGUUCAUUUUAAUUCUUGAAUAUUUGUGACACGAGCCAAUGUUGUGUGCAAGUGUGUGUGACUGACUAGAACAGGUCUUUGCCCAGUCCUGCCGAAGUGGAUUGAUGAAAAUGUACAUAUAUGUAUAUAAUGCUAUAUUUGUAUACAUAUAUUUACACAUGAAUAUGCAUUCUUGUUUUUAAAAGUUUAGUGUUAAUCUUGUAUAUGAUAAUUUUUUAUUAUCAAAUAUUAUUUGAUACUCAAAGUUAUUGUUUGAAACAAAAACAUGGAUGUGACCAGUUGGUUGCAACAUCCCUUUUAUAUUGCAAAAGAAUUAUAUUCUGUGUGAUGCGUAUAUUGUUUGUUUUGUAGAAAUGACUAAAGGGGAGUAGCAAGUAUUAUAAGAUGACACUGCUGACUGACGUGCUGAUACUGUGCAGAUGGCUGACGUAUAAAACGUAAAGCGACAGUCGACUGUUGGCUUUAAAAAUGUUUUGAAAUGUUUGUACUUGCUUGUAUGAUGAUUUUUGAAUAGUUGUUUUUUUGUUUUGUAACACUUUUAUACCCAAUCUGCUUUCACUUCUUACAAAUGUUCAGAACAGUAUGUUGUACAUAGAUGCAGUUUUAUGAGAAGAAUUAAUAUGCUUGAUACAGUACUUUAUUUCUGUGGUUUUAAACCCUAGUUCCAUUGGUCUGUUUGGAAUAAGGAGGAGAAAAACCAAAAAAGUAGUCAUUUAUGAAAAUAGUUGCUUUAGAAUAUUGCAUCAUUGCGUGCUCAUUGAAAUGUAAAAAUAACCUUUUCAGAACCAAAAACUAAACAAUAGUCAGAUUACAAUAAAGCUAACUGAAAAUAAAUAAAACUUUGUAAUAAUUAUAUAACAUGGCAGUGAAAAUGGAAAUAUUUAAAAAAAUGCUCCCUUCCAUGAAAGCUGAUAAGAACCCUUUUCUAUUGUAAACAUAGAUAUGUAUUAAUGUGUAACUAUCUUAUGAUUAUAUAUAUACAUAAAAAUAUAUUAUACAGUAAAUAGUGAAGGAGAAUGAAUGAUACCAGUGUAAACAGUUUUGUUUUAUCCUGCUUUUUCCCUUACAUCAUGUGACCAAGGUGAAAAAGCUCCAAAGGCAAAUAAGACUUUUGAACAUACUAUAUAAUAUUAAGGAAAUUGAUUUUGUUCCGUAAAAUACGGUUUUUGUUUGUACAUUUUGUUUAAUAUAUAUAUUAAUAAUAAUCAUAUUGCAAGAUGAUAUCAUCUUCUGAAAAAACUGUUUGUCUUAAAAUUAUUUGAGAACUCCUUACAAUCCCAUCCAAAAUUUGACAAAUAAACUGAUGUUACUUCUCUGUCAGUCCCUGUGAAGUCUACAAUGAAGGGUAACACAUUUUUCUCCCGAUCAAAUUGUCCUUUCAUUGUGCAAAGCUUCAGGAUGACAAAUGGACUCUUGAUCUUUUGUAUACAUCACCCUUCAAAUGCUAUUUCAAAUUAUACAUCUUUGUAGUUUAUCAUCAGUUGAUUCCAAUUUUAUAAACAAUUCUCCUUGUGUGGAAUAAGUCUUUUCUGGCUAAUUAAAUACAUCUUUUCCCACAUCAUUUGAUGUUGCACAAUUCCAUGUAUUCUGUUUUGAUUUCCGUAUAAAUAGGUGCCAAAUUUAUUUGAAAACAAAUAUGAAAUGUUUGAAAUAUUUUGCUUACUUUGUUGCAAUUAUUCACAGAGCCAACUAUUGAAUAAUCAAAACGGAAAAUCUUGUUGCCAAUAAGAGUAAAAGCAGUUCUACAAUUCUCCAGUGUAAGGUAACAUAUUACCAAGAAGGUACAAAUAAUAGAAUUCUAAUUUCAAAAUACUGUGGAAUAAAGUCUUACAAGUGGCUAAAAGGGACCAUUAUUUGUAAUAGAGUUGAUUUGUUCAUUAGCACUGAAAUACAAGACCAUAUAAGAGUCUUUCAGUCACAGGUGAUGUUUUAUCUUAUCCAUUCACUUUUUAACUAUGACUUUAUGAUUAAUAUUAUUUCAUUGACUUCGGCAGUACUCUUAUUACAUUGAAUAUAAUGCCAAAACUCAAAUAUAGGUCAUUACAUCGCAAUAUACAGAGCUCAGAUUUAUGUUACCCACAGAACAAAUUUUAAUAAUUUCUGGUACAAUACAUGACUUUUGUGUUGCUCAACACUUGGUAACUGACCAUUUGCAAAGCAGCAAGGUACAAAUCAUUGUUUUAUGUCCAAAAGUGAAACUGCCUUUUAGUCACAAUAUUGAUGGCUAAAACUCUCCUACAUAUCAGAAGAAUAUUGGGGACUACACUAAAAUAUCUUGUGGAAUUAAAUCCAGAUCUACCUCCAAAUCCUAUUCACACAGCUAAAAGUUUGACUUAGUUGAAAAAAUAAUCCACAAAUAAUUUUGAAAGGAUAUGGAAUAUAUUGCAAAUAAAAUGUUAAAAUACACAAUGUUAUGUGGGUUUUCCUCAAAUUUAUUUAAAAAUUGUUCACUAUACCUAGCAAUUUUAAUAAAUGUGCUUUAAAUAAUUUAAAUUCAUAAAUAUAUGUCAAAUGUUUGAUUCUAACAAAUGAAGAAACAAUACAAAUCCAGCUCCGGCAAUGAACAUCGAUAACGAAAUCACAGAUAUCCUGCUGUUAACCCACUACAAAUGUUAUGUUUCUUUUUAAUUUUUAUUUACAGGUGGAAAGUAAUCUAGUCAUAGCAAUUCCAAAAUUCUAUUAAUCUUAAAAUCACCUCAAAUAUUAAACAAAGUUUGAUUCCAAAUUUUCUAGUAAAUCCAAAGAUUCAAUAGAAAUAUUUGUUUAUAAUUUCUUGACUCAGAUCUUUGAACAGAACCUUGCUGUGUAAAAACUUCGCAGGGAGUUCAAAUUUAUAAAACUUCAAAUUCCAAGCUUCAAAUACAUGACAUGCAAUACACAAUCACUACAAGACAAUACCUUGGGAAUUAAUGAUAGUUGACAUAAGUUAACAAAACUAGAGAUCAAAUUUAUUUUUAUUAACAACUGAUUGAUACAAUCACCAUUUUAGGAUAUACUUAUAAAAAAACAAAUUUUUGAAUUGCAACAUUGAGCAACAAUGCAAUUUUUUAUUCUAGAAAUAAUAUGAACCAGAAUUAAAAUAACUCAAUUACUUGUAGAAAAACAGUCUACACACACACAUGCACACUCAAGGAAAAUUCAAGUAUUAUUGGACACAGUAGCAUUCUUAUUGUGCACAAUUCCCUAUAUAAAAUGAGCCCUAUUUUAAAAAUUGCUUGACAACCACAGCCCAAUUUGUACAAAUAUGUAUGCUGUAGUGUUAGAUAUAUUAGUUUUCAUUUCAGCUGUUCGUCAAUAUGUACAUACAGAUUCAGUAUUUCUAAAUAGGUGAUAAUGGGACUGAAUCAUUACUGAUUAUUUUCAAUUACUUGUGAAAUUCAUGAUCACAUUCAUUUGUUUGGAAAUUCCUAAUCAACGUUGAGUAAUAAUCAGUUAUAUAUUUCAUGAGAGUGUUCACUCUACAUUGAGAGGUAGGCAAUGAAUUCUUCACAAUUCAGUCCAAUAUCACAGCACAUUAACAAACUGUGCAAGUUAAUUAAUUGUGCUUUACUUAUGUAUAAAUGGCAAUUUCCCUAAAAAUCGCUGAACUAUAUUCAUUGCAAGCAAAAUUGCUGUACAUCUUUUCCUUCAUUCUGAUGGGAAUGAAACAAAGAGUAUGUCUUCACCAUGAAGCUAGACUAGUUUGUGCAAAAGCUAAUUUAAUACAGCAGUCUCCAAUGAUACUUCGAUUUUGAUUAAAAAGUUGUAUUAUAAAUUGUGCAUUAUAUUCAGUUCUGCACAUACAGUCCUAGGUAAAUUUACAACAUUUACAUUUACAAAUACAAAUCCACUGCAGUAAAUUGGAAUCUGACUGUCACAAAUGAUUUGUAAAUUAUGUACAAUAGGUAGAUACAUUAUUAAUUUCUAAAUCGGAAUGACUACUGGAGGAGACAUUCCUUGGACACAACUGAUUAGCUGUAACACCUCUUUGUAAUAUAUAAUCCAUAAAUUGUUGUACAAUCAACACUAUUACAUACGGCUAUUCUAUGUUCAUCAGGCAAUUAUGUUAUAGGUAAACAGGAUUAACUCAACAACAAAUAAUUGAAAACUUUUGAACACUAGGAAAUUUUGCAAAUAUUUGGGUACUGCUAUCACAAAUUACUUUCUUGUAAAAUGACUGUCACACGACAGUUUCCCUGGAAUUUAACUACCUUCUUUCUUUUAACUGUACACCAAUUGAAUAUGAAUGAACAAAGAAAAAAAUUGUCUCCCUGCAAUCUACGAGUGAAGCACGAAUGUAAAUUUAAAUGAAUUACUGAAUUAUUUUGAAAGCGUUUAAUGUGAAAGGACUAUAAAAUUUAACGAUUUCUCUGAAAGUUCUACUUAUACUCUGAAAUCUUAUGGCAAGAGAUGUGGAAAACAAGUACAAAAAAAACUAUUAUUCUGGGUAGUUAUCAAAUUACUAUGCAAUUUUUGUUUCAAGACAAACACAAAUCUAGGUACUACAUCCAGACCAAUUAUUUCCUUCAUAUUUGUACUUAACGACCAAGUAUCAAAAAACAACCUUUAAAAUAUUCAUUUAAUUUUUGUGCAAAAUGUGUGAAAUGAAUUCUCAGGUGCAGAACUAUCUUUCAUAUCUUCAUUCUGUUCAUUCAAAUACAUAUCUAUAAAGAUUCUAACCACAGUCAUAAUAAAAAUAAUUUGAUAAUACACUCAAGGAAACUAUAACUAGCCACAACUAAAGUGUUGCAAAAGGUGUACAGCUGAUACCAAAAGAAGCUGCAAGUUAUAAACAGUACCUCUAAUAAUGACCUCUAACUAAUGUCAGAUAUUAGCUCUCUCAAAAUUUUUGGUUAUGCAUUACUGAGUGGGUGAGAAAUCUGUAGGCAAUAAUAUACGUGUAUGCAUCUCUCGAAUCAAAGGUACAGUAUAAGCCACACAUUCAUCCCAACCUGGCAAACGCCAUGCUGCCUCACGCGUUUCUUUUCUUGUCUGCAAAUCUUUAUAACACCACAUAUGAUGGACAUUAUACAGUCGCCCAAUUUGAGAAAAGAAAGCAGCAAAUGGUUCAUCAUUAUUGCGGCGAUAAUUAAUGGCUCUUGCCCAAUUAUUUCCCCAUUCAAUCAUAGUUCCAGGUUUGAGACGAUAACUACGAAUUUCAUAUAUAUUUGAUCCAGUUCUCGGUACAAUGGGGGGCCAGUAACUGAAUGCGAGAACAUACUGUAAGUGACGGGACCGUAACAUUCCUCCACGUUCAGUUAACAGUUUCACCCAAUCCGGAUCUUUUGAAAGUUGCAGUUUAGCAUUGUCAAUAGAGGCAAAUCCACCAGUGUAUCUCCACAAAUGCAAGGCCUGGUCAAGAUCUCCCACUUGUACAGUCCAACUGCCUACCAGCUCACAAUGCAGGUCCCGGGAGUGAAUAAGCUGUGCACUUGCUUUAUAAUUCUGCAGGUACUUCUCCACUGAAUCUGGUCUCAUAUUAUGAGUCUGUAAUUCAUAUAUAACUUCUUUGUCUGACAGCAAACGCGAGUGGGAUUCUUUCGUGGGUUCGAUGCGACGAACCAACAGUUUACUGAACCAACCUUUUUCAUUUUCUUGAUGUACAGUACUAGUAGACACUAACCUUGAAGAAACUGGUGUCGCUGUUAUGGCUUUUGAAAUCGAAAGCGGCCUCAGUUUUCCCAGCGUAGCCGCCAUGAUUCCACAGGCACACAGCUGUAUCCAUCCCCCAUUAAUACCUAUAUUUGAACAUUUUUCCCAAGAUAGACGAAAAAUGCCUACCGGUAACAAAAAAAGUAGUUCAUUGACCGCAAAUAUGAAACAAAUUUAUGCAACUGAACUAUAGUGUAAUUCGCCUCAGUUUGUAAAUUAUUCGACGUAUGACAUCUAGAUUUAGGUUACAUUAUUUUAAUACAGGAAAAGCAACAUUUUUGUUGUGAAUUAGUUUUAUUCCAUGCAAUUUAUAUUGUUGCCUAUCUUCACAUGAAGCCCGCGUGGUUUCAAUUAUGGCACUGUGAUGACGUGACAAAUAGUGUCAAGCGGUACUUCAGCGCUCAUUUCUAUAGGAGUAGAAGUACCGCAAGGUUGGUGCAAAGAGUACAUCUAUGGGUUGGUGUGGGUGGAGUGGUAUAGAGCGAGAAAUGACCGUCAGUGACCUGUUGCAGCACACGAGCCUUCAAACGUCAAAUUGUUGCUUUAGUCUGUUUAUGUCCAAGAAGAAGACGUCGUUUUUCUCGAUUCCGUUUUGUUCUGUCGAUAGAAAAUUGUAAUCAAAACGGAUCGUAAAUUGUUAUUAUAGAAAAGGCUUGGUCAUGGCCCAGUUACUUUCUGCCGUUCAGAAGAUUACUCGACGGGAAGGAUCUCGAACUUCUUACCAGGAUUUGGACAAUACUGGGACAACAUCAAGUAGUAAUUUGGACCGUCAUCAUAUUGUUUCUCCUGAUGAUGAUUACUGCAGUAGAGUUGUAGAAGAAAUUGAAAUGGCAUCAGUGUCUGUAGUUCCUGAUGAUACAUUCACGGUCACACAAGCUGUUAAUGCUUUAGGAUUUGGUCGGUUUCAAGUGAAAUUGUCCUUAUUUACGGGUUUGUGUUGGAUGGCUGAUAGCAUGGAAAUGACAAUAUUGAGUGUUUUAAGUCCAGCACUUCAUUGUGAAUGGCAUAUAUCUCGGUAUCAGCAAGCGCUCACUACUACUGUUGUGUUUUUGGGAAUGAUGUUAAGCUCCACUUUCUGGGGUAAUUUGAGUGACAGAUAUGGUCGAAAACAGGCUUUAACAUUGUGUGCUGUAUUACUUUUUUAUUAUGGCUUGCUGAGUUCUUUGUCUCCAAAUUUUCUCUGGCUGUUGUUUCUACGUGGAUUAGUAGGAUUUGCAAUUGGUUGUGUGCCUCAAUCGGUAACCUUGUAUGCAGAAUUUCUGCCCACUAAGCAACGUGCUAAGUGUGUGGUACUAUUGGAUUGUUUCUGGGCUCUGGGUGCUUGCUUUGAAGUACUCUUGGCCUUGUUAGUCAUGCCGACCUUUGGAUGGAAGUGGUUAUUGGCUCUGUCCACUGCUCCAUUGCUGGCAUUUGCUCUUAUUACACCCUGGCUACCUGAAAGUGCAAGAUUUCAUGUGGCCUCUGGCCACCCUGAUCGUGCCUUGGCCACCAUCCAACAAAUAGCUGCUGAUAAUGGAAAACCCAUGCUCUUGGGUCGCUUAGUUAUGGAUGAUGCCAGUAGCUCAUCCAACCCCAGUUUGCGUGGUCGCACACGCGAUUUGUUAUGUCCUGAGUUAAGACGCACAUCUCUCCUUUUAUGGUUUAUCUGGACUUCUUGUGCCUUCUGCUAUUAUGGAGUGGUGUUGAUGACAACAGAGCUGUUUGAGUCUUCAGGAACAACCCAUUGUUCAACGCCCUUUCCUGGCUUAUUGAACAGUAGCUCAAGCAACAGCCAACCUUUUGUUGGGAGAGUGUGGGCAGGUCUAGGCCUACAUCCAGUCCAGACUUGCACAGCAGACUGUCGUGAACUCACCACACAUGACUAUGUGGACCUUUUGUGGACCACUUUAGCUGAAUUUCCAGGUAUUUUUGCAACAAUUUUUGUAAUUGAACGAUUUGGUCGUAAAGGAACAAUGGCUGUUCAGUUCAUUGUCUUUGCUGUUUGUGUCUGUUUUCUUUUUAUUUGUACAGAGAAUCGAAUAUUUUUAACAACUAUGUUGUUUCUUGCACGAGGAAUUAUUGCAGGAGUGUUUCAAGCUGCCUAUGUGUAUACUCCUGAGGUGUAUCCCACACCCUUACGUGCUGUAGGUGUGGGUACUUGCAGUGCAAUGGCAAGGCUUGGGGCCAUGGUGACACCAUAUGUGGCUCAGGUUUUGAUGCAGGCUUCACUGUUGCUGGCAACUGCUGUGUAUGGAGUAGUGGCACUGAUGGCAGCUAUUGCAUGUUUUCUGUUGCCUAUUGAAACCAAAGGCCAUGAUAUGAAGGAGAGUGUUCAAAAGAAGUAGUCACAUUAAACAAAAUAGUAAUUAAUGGGGUUAAGUUUUAAAUUUUUAUUUGUUAAGAAGUGCAGAUAAGAGACAAUCUGCUUUUGAUUUUUUAUGCUUAUUUUAACUUCUGAUUAAUCAAUUUUUCUUGCCAAAGUUAAAUAUUUCAAUUUUUGCAUUUCUCUAAUUGCUUGAUAAACAAAACUCAGUAUCACAUGGAAGGUUUUAUUGUGUGCAUUUUGAACACGUUACUACUUUGUGCUUUUUUUUUUUUUCUACCCUUCCAUCUUGGUUCUUCCAUUUUUCUUUCCAACCAAUUAUUUCUAUUACUAAUUGAUAUUUCCUAUAAGUAUACUAGUUUCUUGUCUUAAAAUCUGGAAAUGGUAUUAGGACAAUAAUUUUAAAUCAAUUAAUCGCUAUGCAUUACAAUUUUUAAUCAAAGCAUCUUUGGUUUUCAAAGGUUGAAAAUUAGAGAAAAAAAUAAUUUUUAAUUUUGAAGGUUAGUGAUGCACAGUGAAAACAUUAAGUAUUACACUGAUACAUUACAUUGAUAAUUUUGAAAAACACCUUUCUUCUGAAUCAUAAAUAAAAGAAUGUUUUUCAGGUUUUUCCAUACUCCUGCAUUUAAGUUGUAUUCAUUAGCAUCUAUUCUUCAGAAGAUUAUUGUGACCAAGAUCUGAAAUAUCAAUAUUACUUUUUAUGGAGUUUGCAUCAAUGGGUUAUGAGUCAUUUGUUCACAGCCAGGUCAAUAGUAAUACUAUAUUUUAAUGAUUUCACAUUUGUAUUAAGUUUCCCUCAUGUUAUGAGGUGUCCAUCCACUACCGUCCAGUAAUGAAAAACAAUAUUCCACAUUAAAUAAUUUUUUGAUAAUUUAUUUUUUAUAUAUAAGUAAUGAAUUUAAAUAAGGCAGAAGAUUAGAUAUAAGGCAAGUGCAAAUUGUUGGCUUUUGAGUUGUAGUAAGGAACUGAUAAUUGAAGCAUUGCGAGUUAUAAUAGCUUAGUACAACCCUUACCUUAGAUUGUAUGAAUCGUUAAUAAUGUAUGAAUCAUUUGUUACGUAAUUUGUUCUAUUCAUCAAUGCAAUUGUACAAAUUUCUUUUUUCAUGAUUUUUUUUUCCUUUCAGUAUAAUCCCCACUAUCACCUUCAGUUAUGUUGUGAAUUUGUUUUCAUUAUUAAUAUAUUUCAACAACAUUUAAAGGGAGUCAUAAAACAACAAUUUCCUUUUUUGUUUUUAAGUUCUAACAUUUCUUAAAUCUUUUGAAUUUUCUGAAUAAAAUGAUAUGUACAUCAUUAAAUACUCAUUUACAGAGUAAUCAUAAUAUAUUGCCGCAAUCCAACAAACAGUAAGUUUCAUACUUCUGGAUUUCUGCACAAAUGUUAAGAAAAAAUAUUGUAAUUUACUAUGCUGUAAAAUAGAAACACCACUUAAAAUAUUUAAAUCUGCUUAAAAGAUUUCCACCAAAGUGCUCCUAAAAUUUUAUAGCAUUAGGUUGAAUACUUGGAGAUAAUGGGGUCAAAUGUGCAGCCAAAUUGGGAGAGAGUGACUUUAUGACUCUUCCGUUCGGAACUGUAAAAAUCUUAAUGUCAUGAUAAGUGGAUCCUGAAAAUAAACGUGAAUUCAAAUUUUAUGUGAAAUUUCAUGUAAUUUGUGAAAUUUAUUUUAACUUAACUCUAAAAUUCUUAUUAUUCAUUUAUUUUUUGUCAUCUUUCAGAUCACAUCAUAUAAUUUUGUUAGGUCAUGAAACUUUCCAUGAACAGUUGUUAUUCUGUCUAACUUUAUCUCAUCAUAGACAUUGUUUGUGAUUAAAAAAUUACAAUGAAGAGAUAGAAAUUCCAUUAUUCUUUUCUUUGUUCCAUUACUGUUGCUUACUCCCAGAAAACUUAAAUGUACCUCUCAAAAGCUCCUUCAUACAAGCCUUGUGAUUUAAUACUUACCAAAUGUCACACUUAUUUUGAAUUUGUCUAUUUAUUUUACUUUUUAAUAAUGGAAAACAUAAUAUUAGCUAUCUGAUCAUUGAUUGAAAAUGCUAAUGAAGUUGUUGAUAAAAAAACUGAUUUGUGACUUUAUCAACUAGUCCUCACUGGUCUCUGUAUAUUCUAACUGAAAUUAUUUACCACAAACUUGUCAGCUGGACUGCAAGGUCUGAAGAAUAUUUACAUGUGCUUAUGUUUGUUGUAAUUUGUUAGUGUAAGAUAGGCUUUUAUAAACCUUGUUGUAUUUCCUAAAGAUUUUAUGUACUGUGCAUGUAAGUUGUGUUUUUUAUUUAUUGAUUGAGUGAUUAAACUGAUCAUGUAAACUAAUAGUAUUGUCAAAAUGACUGAAUAGGAAGUUGACUGCAAGUACCAAGAAUUUGUAUUUUUAUUACACUAAGCAUAUUCAUCUCUGAUUGUAACGUAUUUAUGUAGAAUAGAUUUAAAAAUAUACCAAACUUUUGGUUAUAAAUAAAUAUCUUUAUCCCUUGAAAUUCCCAACCAAUUAUCCAUACUCCUUAAUUACUACAAGUUAAAAUGCCAAC